CGCGGAGCCUGGGGGGUCGCGGUAGCGGUAGCCGGGCGUGGGGAGGCCAAGGCCCGGCCGAGGGGGCGGGAGGGCCAGGGAGCAGCCCAGCCGGGGGUGUACGCGACCUACGCUCGCUUCCCAGCCCGACUGUGGCCGCCUGGUCUGGCACCCUUUCUGGACCCUCGGGCCUGGCUCCCGCGGUCAAAACCGACUCCAAAGUGUUGGGAGGGUUCCUCUUCCCGGGGACGCAGCCUCCCCGGACAUGGCAGACGAUGCCCUGGUCAGACAGAGCCACUGACCACCCCGCCCACCCCCGAGGCCGGACGCACGGAUGCACACCCCGUCCUGGGAGGGACAGGCGCCCCUUCCCCUCUGCACCCCGCCGGGCCCCCCGCACCCCGCCGAACCCCCCUCCCCCCGCCGGCUGCUGGACGUCAGAUGCAGCCACCACUAACCCUGGGAGGGACAGACACAAGGACAGGCUCCCCUUCCCCUCUGCACCCUCCUGCUGACUGCAGAACGCCAAAUGCAGCCAACACUGACCCUGAGAGGGACAGACACACGGACAGUCGCCCCUUCCCCUCCGCACCCCCCUGCUGGCUUUACGACCUCAAAUGCAGCCACCACUUGACUUUGGGAGGGACAGAUACUUUCCAGCCCAGAUUGGCCCUGGGGCAUGGAUAGAUACCCCCUGCACACAUGGCUGACCCCGGAACUCGAAGAUGCCCCUGACUCUGGCCGACCUGCAGCCUGGGCCAGCACCACGCUGCUGCCCCUACUGCACCAAAGCCCAAGGAUGACAGACUUUCAGCUCUGGAGGCCUUGUGAUUUCAGCCAGACUCUCAUCUGCCCGUUUCAGCCCCAGCACCAGCGCUCGGGGCCCCACCUAGACCAAAGCUUUGAUCCAUCCCUGCAGAACAGAUCUCUGGUCUGGGGAUCAUGGUUCUGGUCUGAGAUGAAAGUUCUGGGGCCUCUUCCCAGGCCUGAGCAGGCAUGGUGGGCUGCUGUGACUAGAACGAGCUGGGUCUGCAGUGGGCAUUGAGGUUUGGGUCUCACAUUGCCUUUGCAGGGACUGCGGCCUCACCAUGGACCCGGAAUGCUCCCGGCUGCUCCCUGCUCUCUGUGCUGUUCUGGUAGAUCCCAGGCAGCCGGUGGCAGAUGACACCUGUUUGGAGAAGCUGCUGGACUGGUUUAAAACUGUCACUGAAGGAGAGUCCAGUCUCGUGCUGCUGCAGGGGCACCCCUGCCUGGUGGAGCUGCUGUCUCAUGUGCUGAAAGUCCAGGACCUGAGUCCCGGGGUCCUCUCCUUCUCUCUGCGCCUGGCAGGAACCUUCGCAGCCCAGGAAAACUGCUUCCAGUAUCUUCAGCAGGGGGAGUUGCUACCAGGGCUCUUUGGGGAGGCAGGACCCCUCGGCCGAGCAGCCUGGGCCGUCCCCACUGUGCGCAGCGGCUGGAUCCAGGGCCUACGCUCCCUGGCACAGCACCCCAGCGCCCUGCGCUUCCUGGCCGACCACGGUGCAGUCGACACCAUCUUCUCCCUACAGGGAGACUCCAGCCUGUUUGUGGCCUCGGCAGCCAGUCAGCUCCUGGUGCACGUCCUGGCUUUGUCCAUGCGAGGUGGAGCCGAGGGGCACCCCUGCCUGCGGGGAGAUGACUGGCCCGCGUGUGCCCAGAAGAUCACGGAUCAUGUGGAGGAGUCCCUGUGCUGCACGGCCACCCCCAAGGUCACUCAGGCCCUGAACGUCCUGACCACGACCUUCGGGCGCUGCCAGAGCCCCUGGACGGAAGCCCUGUGGGUGCGGCUGAGUCCCCGCGUGGCCUGUCUGCUGGAGAGAGACCCCAUCCCCGCCGCACACUCGCUCGUGGACCUGCUUCUCUGUGUGGCUCGUUCUCCUGUGUUCAGUUCUUCUGACGGCGGCCUGUGGGAGACGCUGGCGCAGGCUCUGAGCUGCCUGGGUCCCACCCACGUGGGACCCCUGGCUUUGGGGAUCCUGAAGCUCGAGCACUGCCCACAGGCACUGAGGACCCAGGCCUUCCAGGUCCUCCUCCAGCCCCUGGCCUGUGUCCUGAAGGCCACAGUUCAGGCCCCCGGACCCCCAGGCUUGCUGGACGGGACGGCAGACGACGCCACGACGGUGGACGCGCUCCUGGCCUCCAAGUCGUCCUGUGCGGGCCUCCUGUGCCGCACCCUGGCUCACCUGGAGGAGCUGCAGCCGCUGCCCCAGCGCCCGUCGCCGUGGCCCCAGGCGUCCCUGCUGGGGGCUGCAGUGACUGUCCUGCGGCUCUGUGAUGGCUCGGCUGCUCCCGCCUCCAGCGUGGGGAGCCACCUCUGUGGGACUCUGGCGGGCUGCGUCCGGGUCCAGCGAGCAGCCCUCGACUUCCUGGGGACGCUGUCAGAGGGGACAGGCCCCCAGGAGUUGGUGACGCAGGCGCUUGCUGUCCUCCUGGAGUGCCUCGAGAGCCCCGGCUCCAGCCCCACGGUUCUGAAGAAGGCCUUCCAGGCCACACUCCAGUGGCUUCUGAGCUCACCCAAGACCCCUGGCUGCUCUGAUCUUGGCCCCCUCAUCCCGCAGUUCCUCAGAGAGCUGUUCCCUGUGCUGCAGAAACGCCUGUGCCACCCCUGCUGGGAGGUGAGGGACUCCGCCCUCGAGUUCCUGACCCAGCUGAGCAGGCACUGGGGAGGACAGGCCGACUUCAGAUGCGCCCUCCUGGCUUCAGAGGUGCCUGAGCUGGCCCGGCAGCUCCUCCAGGACCCUGAGAGUUACGUCCGAGCGAGCGCAGUGACCGCCACGGGGCAACUUUCCAGCCGGGGCCUGCACGCCCCCACCAGCCCUGAGUAUGCAGAGGCCCGGCAGAGCCUGUUCCUGGAGCUCCUACACAUCCUCUCCGUGGACUCGGAGGGCUUCCCACGGAGGGCGGUCAUGCAAGUCUUCACCGAGUGGCUGCGGGACGGCCACGCUGACGCGGCCCAGGACACGGAGCAGUUCGUGGCCACUGUGCUGCAGGCGGCAAGCCGGGACCUGGACUGGGAGGUCCGCGCCCAGGGCCUGGAGCUGGCGCUGGUGUUCCUGGGCCAGACGUUGGGCCCGCCACGUACCCACUGCCCCUAUGCUGUGGCCCUACCCGAGGUGGCCCCAGCCCGGCCACUCACCGAGGCACUGAGGGCUUUCUGCCACGUGGGGCUCUUUGACUUCGCCUUUUGUGCCUUGUUUGACUGCGACCGCCCUGUGGCGCAGAAGUCCUGUGACCUCCUCCUCUUCCUGAGGGACAAGAUUGCUUCCUACAGCAGCCUGCGGGAGGCCGGGGGCGGCCCCAACACCGCCUCAGUGGAGGCCGCCCUGCCGAGGUGCCGGACGGGUGAGCAUGCCCAGCCCCCAGGGGACCAGGAGCCUGAGGCUGUGCUGGCCAUGCUCAGGUCCCUAGACCUGGAGGGCCUGCGGAGCACACUGGCCGAGAGCAGCGACCACGUGGAGAAGAGCCCCCAGUCCCUCCUGCAGGACAUGCUGGCCACGGGGGGCUUCCUGCAGGGGGAUGAGGCUGACUGCUACUAAGUAGAACCAGAUUCUGCCACUGGGGUUCAGGACUGAGGAAGGCAGUGCCACGUCCUUUCGUGGGACACUGCUAUCCCCAGGGCUCCAGCCCAGCCCAGUGGAUCCUCUGGGGAAGCCAGGACCAGGAGAGAAACAAAGUCAAGAAAUGCCACAUUUUGAUGUAUUAAAGAAAUGACUUAUUUUCUACUCAAAAUAAAUGGCAUUGAAGUCUUUAA